GGGAUACCGCAACAGCUACAGAUGCAUGGGCAGCUACACGGUCAAAUGGGCGGGCAAAUACCGGGACAGAUGGGCGGGCAGAUGGGCGCACAAAUGCCAGGACAGAUGCCAGGACAAAUGGGAGGUCAAAUGGGAGGCCAAAUGGGAGGCCAAAUGGGAGGACAGAUGCCGGGACAGAUGCCGGGACAGAUGGCCGGUCAGAUGGCGGGUCAGAUGGCCGGUCAAAUACCUGGCCAGAUGCCGAGUCAGAUGGUCGGCCAGAUGCCAGGACAAAUGCCCGGGCAAAUGCCCAGCCAGAUGGCCGGACAGAUGCAGGGCCAGAUGUUCCCUCAACAGAUGCAACAAAUGCCCCAGCCCAGAAACGCCAUGGAGCAGCAACGGCUGAUGUAUCAAAUGCAACUUCAACGACAGGCAAACAUGCAAAUGCAACAACAGAUGGUCGGCCAAAACAUGAUGCAACCACACAAUGCGGCUCAAGCUCAGGCACAACAUGCUCACGUUCAACAAGCUCAAGCUGAAGCGCGAGCUCAGGCGGCGCAUCGGAACUUGAUGGCUGCCAGAGGAGGACAGAUGGUUCCCACGGGAAUGCGCCCCCAGCAGGGGAUGCCUCAACAACAGCAGCAGCAGCAUCCACAGCAGCAGCCCAUGGGAAGGGGUGACCCCAAUUCGUUCAUCAAGAACUUGACGGCCUUCAUGAAUAGCAAGAACAUGCCAUUGGAGAUCAGCCCGGUUGUUGAAGGUCGCCCAAUCAACCUAGCCUCCCUGUUUCAGCUUGUAUACCACAAGUUUGGAGGGUAUCGCAACGUGACGCAGUCGAAUGGUUGGCCGCAAAUCACACAAAUGCUCGGAUAUCCUGUCCACCAGGUACCUCAUGCGCCACAGCAUAUCAAGACUGUUUACGAACGGAAUAUCCUCAAGUUCGAAGAGGCAUGGACGGCACAACAGCGGGCCAGGCAGGCCGGUGUUAUGUCCACCCCGCAAAACAUGCAACAAGUCCAGCCCAUGAAGCCGAUGCCACCAGGACAGAUGCCGCCUAAUCAGAUGAUGUCAGCUGGACCGCAGCCACCUAUACAACCGGGUCAGAUGCAGUCACCCAUGAAACCCCCAAUUGCGCAACAACCGAAUGUUAAUGGCUUUCCUGGGGCGCACCCGGGGCAACAACAAGCGAAUGCCGGCCCAAUGGGCCACCCCCGUAAUAGCCUUUCAAGAAGCUCACAACCUACGCCAACAGCAGAGGAGUUCCCCAUGCCGUCGCCGGCCCACAGCAAGACUGGAAGCAUGUCGAUGCCAGGAUCUGCCCACCCGGAGAACCAGAUGAUGCCAGGGCAGGGCAUUGAGGCCGCGCCUGGAUUCCCUAAACCAACGCGGGAUCCGGAGCUCUACAUUCCUUGUUCGAGAGAGGUCACCACAUAUGGCGGCGUGGAUCUUGGCUCGGUAGAACAUUUUGCGGAACAGUUAAGAAAGUUCAAGCCAGACGUUCCCCAUCUUACCGAUCUGGGGAAUAUUGACGUACAUGCUCUAACCAAGAGCAUCCAAAGUGGCAUCCACGGCGAAGUACGGCUUGCUUUGGAUGUGCUUGGGACAGUAUCAGCCACAUCACCAGAGAGCGGCAAACAGGACCCUCCUCAACCGUAUCUUCCACUCGAUCUGCGACACUGCGACGACUUGGUAGAAACACUGAUAGAAUGCGCCGAGGAGCAAGUUGAUCUGCUAGCCGAGAACUCGGAAGAAGCUUCCGACGAGAUCACCAUCACCUCGUAUGAAGAUGUCGUUCGCGCCUGUCGCAUCGAGAAAUUUGCCCUCCGCAGCGUGCCCCUCUUUGGCUCUCAGGAGUACGAGCUCGACCAAGCCGCUGACAGGCUAAUAGCCAUCACCACCAUCCUGCGCAACCUCUCUUUCCUCGAGGAGAACCAGGCCUGUCUCGCCGACGAGUCCGUCAUUCGCUUCCUGUGCAUGGCCAUCCGCUACCUCGGCACGCGCGAGAUGUUGCUCCGCACGCAGGUCAACACUCUGGACUUUAUGAAAGACCUGGUCAUUCUGCUCUCCAACAUCACACGUUGCGUGGAGAUGCCAGGGAGAGAACAAGCCUUUUGCCUGCUCCAAUUCCUCCUUGCUUUUGCUCCCUCGCCCGCUCCAAGCAUGUCUCCUUCACCCGACGGCAAUGAUUCUGACCCGGGAAUCCUCUUCUUCACGCCUUACGACCCCUCUCUUCACCCAUACCUCCCACACGCAAUCGACUCGCUCGCCAAACUCCUUGCCCGCGAUGAGCCGAACAGGACGUACUACAAAACCAUAUUUGCCAGCGAAUCCCCCUCACCAGGCCCAGUGUCGCCAGCAGACCUGCUGGUAACCCGCACCUUUGCCCUCGCCAUCUCGCCUAUCCCGGACCUUUCCGCCCCAAACACGCGUCCCGCGAACAUCCCUUCUUUGAUCGAAGUCAGGAAGCCGUUCCUCAUGCAAGGUCUCCUAGCAGCAGAUAUUCUGGCCUCCAUCACCCCCGACGGGCCCGUCGGAGCUGGAGUCGGCGCCGACGCAGCCGAAAAUGGACCAGUGGCUGCCAGCAGUGGGGUGAAUGUUGCCAGAGUAUGGCUCUCCAGCGGCAAUGGCCUCGUGCAGAACCUCUUCUACUUGGUUCGCCAACUAAGCAUGCAAUACGAGUCCCAACCCGUCGGUCCCGCCAGGCCCACAGGGCGCGGGGGCGCCAACCAGCAACAUAACAAGCGGGAUGCGGAUCUGGUGUACAUUGUCAGCUUGGCCGUUAGCAUGCUGAGGAAGUUGGGGGAGAAGGCUGCGAAGGAUUCAGGGCCUUUGGGUAGUAGCAAAUAUCGGAAUGGCGGAGCCAUGGCGGAUAGGAUGGAAGGCAUAACAGAAGAAGAGGGAAGUGAAUGGGAAAGAGGGGGCGGAGGAUGGGAAAGGCAGAGGCAACAAGAUGGCCUGCCGGCGUGUGCGGUAUUGCCCGGUAAGGAUACGUUGCUGGGAGCGCUGCAGAUGGGUGCGGCGGAAUGGGGGAAGGAGGGCAUGUUGAAGGAUUUGGUUGCUUUUUGUACUUUGGUAGAGUGACGGGUUUCUCAUAUUUUUUAUCUUUUUUAGUCUUUGGGGAAGUCAAUGAAUGAACGGAUGGGGUUUGCUUGGUAGACGUGAUCCUUUAUAAGGCGUUGUUGCAUGCAGUGGCCGAGAGGUGGGAGGUGCAUGAUGCAGGAAGAAAAGGACGAGGCGUGGUGAUGAAAUUCGUUAGAAUGAGAUACGUGACAUGGAUAAGGAAAAGCGAGUGAAGAGAACUUGAGCGCAGGAUAGGGUGGGAAUGAAUCGAAGAAGAACAGAGAGAGAAAAAAAGAAUUCGUACAUAAUAGAGGAGUUCUGCCUUGCUUUGUCUGUCUGAAGAGCAGGCGGUUGUCAGGUUCGUUGUCAAUAAAUAUUAUGGCUUUGGAUGGGAUAGGCUGGUUAUCUUGAGUUUUGCGAAAAGUCUCGGUUGAUGAAGCAAGCAAAGAUUCGAAGAGAGUAAAAGUG